CAUCCGCGCAAGUCAUGCAGGCGCAAGCAAUCAUGAGCCUCACGAGCCUCUGAUCGAGAACAUGUCUCAGAAGGCAAAAUAAUCGCACGAGGGAGUACAAAUGCUCGAGGAUCGCCGGCCAUCGUCCCCAUUUCUGCAAUCUCGGCUUCAGAUAUUCGACGUGCGGCCGGGACUGGAGAUCCCCGUCCAGUCUCGCUCAGGAAGGCAGGCAGGAAGGAAGGAAGGAAGGACGAAAUCAAUUGUUGCAGUCGGAGGGGAUUUGGGACGAGCUGGCCUUCUCGUGGAUCGAUCGAUCGAUCGAUUGAUUGAUUCUGCCGCACGGAAGGUACCGCAGGGCCUAAGCUGGCCUAGCUCAGCUCAGCUCAGCCCAGCCCAGCCCAGCCCGCUGCAUGCGCCACAUGUUGCAGAUCGACGGUGGAAAAGGAUGCCGAGGUCCACGUGAGGCAGAUUGGGAUUGGGGGGAGGCCUAAGAGCUUGCAGUUUGUGCUAGGCGCUUCUGCAUUAGCGUGUGCAGCAGCUUUCAUGUGAGCCUUGUGUUGUCGACGAGUGAUCUCACCAUUUCGGAUAUCGAGUGGUGGUGCUCGAAACAUUUGCACGGAUCAGAUAAUCUGAAGCAAUUGCGAACCGCUGUGAAUGCAACGGAUUGAGCUCGUCCCGUUCAUGUACAGGCUCUGAUAGAGACGAGAAGUUCUACGGGUGAGGCUCGAGCGAGAUCUGUCGACGGAUUCAACAGCCCGUGGCUGGCUGGAGGACACAGAGUUGGAAUAUGGGAGGAUGUCUGUCGUGCAACUGGGUAGCGUGGAAGGAGAAGUCACAGGAGAAGCUGUAUAGAAGGUGCGGGUUGGAGUCGAGGCAAGUGAUAAUAGACCAAGGGGAAACGAAUGUGCACUGCUGGGUGCCGGCGGAUCAAGGCGGAUCUUCGAGAAGCAAGCCCGCUCUGCUGCUGAUCCACGGAUUUCAGUUCGAUGGGCUGGUGGGAUGGGAGAAUCAGGUGGAGGAAUUCUCGAAGCAUUUCAGACUGUACAUCCCGGACCUCAUCUUCUUCGGAAGGUCGUACUCGAAGAGCGCAGAGAGAUCGGAGAUUUUUCAGGCCGAGUGUUUUAAGAAAAUGAUGGACGAGCUGGAGGUGGAGCAGAUUUACGCCAUGGGGACUAGUUAUGGAGGCAUGGUGGCCUAUCGCUUGUGCCACCUCUACCCUAAGUUCGUGAAGAAGCUCGUGUGCUGCAGCUCGGGUGUCAUGAUGACGCCCACCACCAACGACCGGCUGCUGCAAGAGAUCAACGCCAGAGAUAUCAACCAAAUCCUCGUUCCUCAGACCUUGGAAGAGGCCAGACUGGGAAUGUCCGUGGCCACCGUCAUGAAUGUGCAAGGCAUUCCGUUGUUCCUCAUCAAACCUUUGUGGGAGCGUUACUUCAAACGGAACAUGAGGGAGCGAACCGAGCUGCUCGCGGGCAUGAUCAUCAGCUCCGUCGGUGCACCACCGAUCCCGAGAAUCACCCAGAAAACGUUGAUUCUGUGGGGGACGAAAGAUAGAAUUUUCAGCACCGACCUCGCGGAAGAACUCAAAGAACACAUAGGAGAGAGUGCAAAGCUCGUCUUCAUUGAGGGCAGCGGUCACAUUCCACAGGUUGAAAAGAAAAAGGAGUUCAACGCGGAGGUCCUCAAUUUUUUGCUCGAUCCACUUCCCGAAGGGCACAACAAAAAAGAGUGACAUCUUCUGUACCUUCUCCCCAAAUUGGCAGUAAGUAGUUAGAUUAGGCUGCAAUUGUUUUGCUCCUGUAAAUACAUUCAUACGGUCCUGGUGGUCUCAGACAGACCUCGGAUACUAAAUUUAUGUACGAAGUUUCUAGAGGAUAAGGAAGCAAACUGUGAUCCAUUCGUGAUUAAUAAUGGAGCUGCGAUUAAAGUAAAAGUGCGU